AGAGAGAGAGAGAGAGAGAGAGAUGAGUGGGGACUUAAGACCGAAGCACUUGACACGAGGAAAGGAAAGGAACGAGGCAAGAGAGCAAAGAUAUUGGAGGUGGCGUCAAGACCAAGUUGUCCCGGGCUCCAAGGUAAUAUAAAGGCGUACGUCGACUUCACCUGGUUCAACUUACCUGGAACAUCGAACAGCUGCGUUGUCGCAGCCACUGCCACACGAACGUCCGCCACUGCCACACCAUCACAUUCCACCAUCAUGAUGGUGUGGUUGGUGAUGUUCCUAGCAGCAUCCAUCUUGGCGGAGGCGGCCAUACCGGAUCCACCAACUUCCGGUAUCACGACUGUCGGAUCGUUGAAACUAGCAACAGCCGCUGACUGUGCUGGCGUUGUUGCUUUCUCGGCAACUCAGGCCUCUGUCGACCACGCCAAAGCGGUAUUCGCCGAGACACUGGUCGACAAAGGCGUGGGUUACGUCGCCCAGACAGGAGUCUUCAUCACCCAUUGUCCAGGCCUGUAUCAGUUCAGUUUCGCCGGAUAUGGAAGCAGCGAUCUCCGACUCACCCUGAAAAGGAAACUGAACAAUUCCGAUAGCUGGAGAGCGGUGGUCGGCGUCGGUGCAGGAGGUGGUAGUAACUUGAUCUUAUUGGACGUGGAGGUUGGAGAUCAGCUCGCUGUUUUCGUCGACGCCGGGAAAAUAUCGGACGGGGUCACGUUCUCCGGAUAUCGAAUUGCCAAAAAAUAAUCGAACUACAGAGCCGAAGAUCGUUCUCUCGAGGAAAAUCACGAUGGAAAAUUUGCAACCAAAUUUGGGAUUUUUGAGAUUAAUGGAAAUACGAAACUGGACCAAGUUUUUUGGGCAGUCAUCAAUGACGACGAAGUAAUGGAACCACUCAUCUGGAAAAUGCUGCUUCGACAGUUAAAUUCGGCAGACAAAUCUGAAAUCGAUCGUUGAUAUCUUUGAGAAAAUUCGAAAUCGAUCCGAAAUCUACCGAGUACAAAAUUGAGAUUCUUUGACGAAUUGGAAAUCAAACCAAAGGUUUGAAUUCGCUGGUCUUUGAAUGAAUUUAAAUUUUCGAUUUGGAUUUGGAUUUGGCGAUGUUGCGAAUCGAGAAACGUUCGAUCAGAGCGGUUUUAACCUUCUCCACGAAUUUAACGCUCUGUGAUAGCUCUUCCUCUACAUUUCUGUUUUUCGAAGCCUUGUAAUUUUACUGAUCUCCCACUUCAAACACAUAAGAUCGCAUCGGCACGGAUCACUGAAAUUGCAAGACUCGUCUGUUCAAUUGGUACACUAUCUUCGACAUUCCUCACUUCUAUGUUUUCUUCUUUAGUCUUUCUUCGCCUUCCCUUUAUUUCUUCUUCACUUUGUAUAUUAUUUUCAUUCUAUCUUUUGAUACGAAUUUCCCAGUUUUUCACUUUGAAAAUCUCCUGAAAUUUCUUCUUCCAUAGAAAUGAUCUUCUCAUACUGAUGCCACAAUCUGAUACUCUGUCACUUUCGUUUCAUUUUACCUCUUUUUUUACUUUGUCUUUGUUUGUUCAGUCUUUUCUCUAUUAAUAUUCUAUUUCUCUAAAUUCUAAAUCUCUUUCUCUCUUUUCUCUCAAUCUUUUCAAUAUACCCGUCAGUAUUACUAUAUCAAAAUUUGUUCAAUACUUGCCAUGAAUUAUUUUCUGUUUAACUACUUUUUCGUCUCUUUUCUCUUUCUCGGGCCUACCUUGCCUCGCAUACCUCCUCUCAUAUAUAUUUUACCUUCUCUUACGAUGCUACAAUUACAAAUACCAGGUUACUAUAACUAGUCUUUGCUCUCUUAUUCUUUCAAUAGCAGACUCUCUUUUCAAAUUUCAUACCUAUUUUCUGUCCCCUUACUCUACUAUUUUCGCCGUAUUUCAGUCAGUGAUUUUAUUUUACUUUUUCUUUUAUUUCUUCCUUUUUUUACGUGAACUCGAGAAUACUGAAGUACCUGAAAUUUAAUACAUUGUAGCACUUUACCAUAAUUCCUGGGUGCUAUUUUGUCUUUCUUUAAUUUCUUCAAUGAUUUACUUUCACAACUAUUUCUGUACUAUUUGUUUUAUAUUCUUCUCUAAUCGCAUUAUUUCAAAGCUAUUCUUAGUUGCUUUUUCAUUCUUCUAGCUUCUGUUUUGUUAUUUCUAUAUAUUUUUUUAAACUUUUUUUAAACAUUUCAUUUCUUUAUACUUUCCUGUCUACUUUCUCUAACUUUGACUUCCAAGUACUUUCUCUAAUUAUGUGUUUCUUUUUACAUUCUAUUGCCAUCUAUUAAGUUUGUGAUUUAGUCUAUUUUUACUACAUGAUGUUUAACUUUUUUCUCAUUUCUAUAAUCUGUCUAUAUUCUAUUAGCUUUCAACAUUGUCCUCUCUGUCUCUUCUUUUUCUCCGAAACUAUUUUCAUUUAUUCUCCACGAUUACACUUCACUUUAUUUCUCUCCUCUCGACUGUUUUCUAUCUUUACCACUCUUUGUAAAUAUUAGUUUUAUUCUUUCUCUUCUUCUCUAUCGCUAUUUCUUUGAGCUUUUCUAAAAAUCGUAUUUCAUGUUUUAUUUGUGUCUUCUGUAUUCGUUUCUACUUUGAACUACAUUCUUUUAUCCCUUCAACUUUGUAAAUAUCUCUUAGAACAUUCUGUCUGUCUGUUACAUACUUGUACGGCUUUGUUUCGUUUCUUUCGUUCCCUUCUCUUCAAACUUUUCUAUCCUUCAAACUGCAAACUUUCCUACAAAUUUAUUCUGUAUUUAUCUGUACAUCGGUUUGAUCUGUCUCUUAAAAAAAUUUCAUGCCAAUUCUUUAUUCUGUCUUAGUUUCUCUUUCAGUUUGAUUCUCCCAAUUUCUACAUCUAUUCUUUCUUUCCUCUGUAUUUAAACUUUCUCUACCAAGUCUCUUCUUUUUCAGAGUCUUUCCCUUUACUUUAUUUCUCUUUCCUUUCGUCUGCUUCUAUCUUACAUUUCUCUGUAUUUCUUUACAAAACUAUCGCGAAACUUCACGUCUGUGCUUCCACUCGCUGAAAGGAUAAUCAAAGUUAUUCUACCAAAUCGUGACAAAAGUAAAAAGAACGUUUUUCACUUUCGACCAGGAAAUCGCGUUCCCCUCUUAUCUUUUCUCACUUCUAGUCUAGUCUUCUCACCUAUAGCUACCUGGAUCUAUCUUAAAACAAAAAAAAAGAACUAUAUACGAGAGAACAAUGCGCAAUUCUCCUAAUACUGUGAUUCUCAAGUGCUAUAGUCGUUCACGCGAAAUCUCAAACUGCAUGUCGUUAUCGAGGGUUGCAUUUUCUACCUUGCCAAGCCUCUUCACUCUCUAACAACCAAUCGUCUCUAACAACCAAUUGUCUCAGGAUAAAGUUACUUUCAGCCUCUCUUGUAUAAGUGUACAACAGUUGCUUGAUCGAGCCAAACGUCAAUUCUUUCAGAUAGAAUAUGCCAUCUGUAAAGGGAGAAAUGAAAUUAGAAUGAAAGUGAAUCGAGCAACUGUUGUCCAUUGUGUGUCUCAACUAUCUGUUUACAAUAAACGAUCUCUAUGUCUCUGGCUUUCUU